AUGCGCCUCAGACGAGGAAGAAGGAGCCUAGAUCAUGGAGCUCCCAUGGCUGUGAAAGAAGAUGACUGUACUGGGCGUUUGGAGAAACAUCUCAUAUCUACAUAUUAUAAUGCAGAUGAUCCAGGUGUCCUAUCAGAUACAUAUGAAGAGUGUGCCAUUAUCCCAGAUGUACCCUCAGACCUACACAGCAAAAAUCUAUCAUCUCAUCCUUUAAAACAAGUCCAAUCUUCUAAUUCAUCACAUACUCUUACUCAGAAUGAAACUCGCAGAAGAGGUUCUGAAACCCAAAGAGCUCAUAAAAAGCCGUAUUCAUGCUCAGAAUGUGGCAAAUGUUUUACUUGGAAAUCAGGCCUUCUUCAACAUCAAAGACAUCACACAGGAGAGACGCCGUUUUCAUGUUCAGACUGUGGAAAAUGUUUUACAAAGAAAUCAUCUCUUGAAGACCAUCAGAGAAUUCACACAGGAGAGACGCCAUAUUCAUGUUCAGAAUGUGGUAAAUGUUUUACUAAGAAAUCAUCUCUUGAGGGCCAUCAGAGAAUUCACACAGGAGAGAUGCCGUAUUCAUGUUUAAAAUGUGGCAAAUGUUUUACUCAGAAAUCAAUUCUUGAGAGACAUCAGAGAACUCACACAGGAGAGAAGCCAUAUUCAUGUUCAGAAUGUGGCAAAUGUUUUACUCAGAAAUCAGUUCUUGAGAGCCAUCAGAGAAUUCACACAGGGGAGAAACCAUAUUCAUGUUCAGAAUGUGGUAAAUCUUUCACUAAGAAAUCAUCUCUUGAGGGCCAUCAGAGAAGUCACACAGGAGAGAAGCCAUAUUCAUGUUCAGAAUGUGGUAAAUGUUUUACUCAGAAAUCACAUCUUAAGACCCAUCAGAGGAGUCACACAGGAGAGAAGCCAUAUUCAUGUUCUGAAUGUGGCAAAUGUUUUACUCGGAAAUCAUCUCUUGUUCAACAUCAGAGAAAUCACACAGGGAACAAGCAAUUCUAAAUCCUUACUGUAAAAUAAGCCAUAAAGGUGGCCAGCAGCCAAGAUGGCUGAACGUGUUUGACCAGAGCUCCGAGGCCGGCGCAGCACUACAGGGUAAAUCCUGAUAAUCACCCGCCAUUACCAGCACAGCAGAUCCCCUGGAGGUGCCCUAAUACUGUAAAGAAGCUACCGCACAUGAGACUCACCUUAUAGAGGUCCGGAGGGAGCGGCGCUAGCACCAGAAGCACGCGCGCUCGGGGAGUGGGCUGAAGAGCAGACAUAUUCAGUGCAGUUGUGCUGUUAACGAGUGGAGAGGCACGGGGAAAGGAUCCGGAGCUGGCAGAGAGAAGGGGAGAGAAAGAAAGACGGGGUACAGUUGGAACUGCGUGCCCCCGCCAGUUUUCCCACCAGUCGGCCAUCUUGCUGGCUCCUUGGCAGCACCAGGAAGGGAGAGGGGGCCCUGAGCAACGCAGUCUUCAAGCUCAGAGGAGACUUAAGAGCCUCAUAAAGAUAAAGGUGCAACUAAGUCCUCUAACCCAAUUGCUGGAACUCUAAUUCUACUGUAAGAGUGCAAGACAAAUCCAAAGAUAAUUCCUGCACACUGCUCUGGCAGGCACCUUAGCCCCAAGAAAGCACAUUAAGGCCUCUUGCACAUGAACCAUUAAUUUCAAUGGAUCUGCAAAAAAUAACGGAAGGCACUCCAUAUGCCUUUCGUUUCCGUUUUUAUGUUCCUUUCAAAGAUAGAAAAUGUCCUAUUAUUGUCCGCAUAACUGACAAGGAAUAUUACUGUUGUAUCAGGGGCCAGCUUUUCCGUUCCACAAAAAACUGAAUGCACACGGACGCCAUCCGUAUUUUUGUGGAUCUUUUUUUGCGGACCGCAAAAUACUGAAAAAGCCAUACAAUCGUGUGCAAGAGGCCUAAGAUAUAUAAGUGCUGAUAACAGCCUAGCCUAAGAUAUAAUAACCCCUAAAUCAAAAUAAUAAAUGGGGCACCAAAAAGCACAAAGUGUUGCAGAUAAAUUGAGAGAAUUUGCAAGACAACCAGAUGAAACGUCGGGGUCUCCUUUACUGCAGCGAAAUAUGCAUACUAGGGCUAGCACUACUUUAGAUACUGCAGCCCCUGCAACAGACCCUGAGGAAACUCCGAUGAACCCACCCUUAAGCAAGUAACAGCACAAGUCCUAGAAGCCAUCACUGCAUGCAAGACUUCUCUUACAGGGAAAUUGGAUGAAGUCAAGAUUGAGCUAGGCCUCCAGGGUCCAACACACUGAAGAACGCAUAUCACGCAUAGAAGAUGCCACGGCCUUUCUUCCUAGAUCCAUAUCCGAGCUUAACACUAAAACAGAAAGCAGAUGACCUGGAGAACAGACUCUGUAGAAAAGAUAUAAGAAUUAUCGGAUUGCCUGAAAGAGCAGAGGGCCGUACACCGGAUGAGUUUAUAGAAAUUCCAGCCCACAAAUACUGUCUCCAAGUGACACAUCUUACUCCUAAUACAGCUAUAGCCUUAAAGAAGCCUUGGGUACAGUGGACCGCGCACUCCUACCAUUCCUCCUCUUCAAGGGGGCUGUCCCUGCUAGUACACAAACAAUUAACAUAGGAGGCAAAAGACCUGGUCAUUGAUACAGAAGGCAGAUAUGUCUUUGUUCACACUCGUAUUGACAAUGUACAGUAUGUUUUACUAGGCGUCUAUAACCCUCCCUCUGGUUCCAUACAGAUUUUACACCUCACGGCUCUUUUGUCACCGCUUACCCACAUGCCAAAGUAAUUGGCAUGGGAGACUUAAAUAUGAUGUUGGAUCCUUCGCUGGAUCGACUUUUAGACGUGGCAGGCCCAUCAAAUACAGGGAGCCCCUCGCAGCUUAACAGAUUCUUAACAGAAUUCCGGUGGCACGUUCUCUGGAGAUCUAAAUAUCCCAGGUCUAGAGUAUAUUCCUGCCACAGUAGCAGUCACAUCUCCUUAACUAGGAUAGAUCAUAUGCUAGUCAAUGAUCUAGUAUUGUUAAACCUUCGUUCCAUUACAUACCUGCCCCGGGGAAUAUCAGAUCAUUCGCCAAUACUAGGCACACUUAUACGUAGUGUUCCCUCAAUAAUGUACAGAAUGAACAUACAUCUGUUCUGGCUGACCCUCAUGGGCUCAACAGAUGGAAUCUCAUAUCAACUACAGGACUUCCAAAAAACGCAUGAAAAUGAAUUCAACACCGCUCUUGUGUGGGACACAUUAAAGGCGUUUCUACGAGGGCAGGGGCCUACAGGAGGUUGCAGAGCCUACAUUAAAAGAUAUAAUGGCAGCCAUAGCAAGCUGUAAUCCCACCCUCAAGAGCCUAAACAUUCAAUUUGGGAGCCUUAAGGAGGAUCAUGUUAUAAUACGUCUUGACCUCCAUAAAGUUGCGGAACGUACUACUAAAGUAGAGCGCAGGGUGUCAGAAUUAGAGGAGGGCACUAAACCACUGCAAAAGGCAGCCAAAGUUACCACAAAAGUUAUGCUAAAACAGACGAUCUAGAAAACCGGUCACGGCUGAUUAGGGUGACAUAAAAAGCAGAAGGCUUAAAUGCCACAGAAAUGAUUGAAAAAUGGUUAGCCGACAAGAUUAAAGAUAAAGGCCUCUCCUCUCUGUAUGCAAUUGAGUGAGCUCACAGUGUUCCCACAAGACCUUUACCACAUGGUCGCCCACCUCGUUUGAUCUUGCAAAAAUAUUACAUUAUAAGGACAGAGACACUAUACUAAAGCAGUCCCGGGACCAUCCGGAGCUUAUAAUCAACGGGACAAAGAUCUCUAUUCAUCCGAAGUACAGAAGAAAAGAGCUUGCUUUGUGGAUAUAAAAAGACGACUUAGUGGAUUACAAGUACGAUAUUCUAUGAUGUUUCCAGCCAAGCUGCGGGUGGUAGCCUUAGGAUCUACAUCGUUCUUUGAAGACACGGAUUCAGCACUGUAAUGGCUAGACAAGAAUGAACGGCAGCUUAGGAACCAGAGUCUGGACACUUGAAGCAGUAAACGGUGGUGUGGAUCUCAAAUAACCCUUCAGUCGGGGACUAAAAUUUCCUGAAGGGUACUAACUAUGGACUACUUGAGCACAUUGUCGGGGACGUCCUAAUAUAGGAGCAUGAGUAGUACAGGUUAUCUGCACUCUGGGGCGAGUCCAUUAAUCGCCAAUGAUCUGGACUGGAGUAUGUUGCAGAAAAAGGGGGGUUGUGGAUGGUGGGCACUUUCCGGUAUUGACUUGCUAGUAAGGAUGGUGAUGCGCUACAGUAGGAGGCAGGUAUGGUUAUGUGGCAGACCUUUAUAUAAACUUAAAAUAUGCAGUGGCGCCAGUGACCAAGGUGAUUAGUUGGAAUGGCGGAGGUAACCGGAGACAGCAUUUUUCAAUAUUUAAUGCGAUACCAGCCAGCUAUCUGUUGUCUACAGGAGACACAUAUGACCAAAUAGAGAGUGCAGAUGCUUCAGAAAUCUUGGAUUGGUUAAUCUGUGCACUCGGUCUUCUCUGCACAAUCCCGGGGAGCUAGCAUACUGAUUAUUAAAAAUGUGCGUUUUGAAUGCCUGAGGGAAUCGGUGGACUCAGAGGGUCGGUUCGUAUGUGUUUCCUGUCUACUCAAUGGACUAAGAAUGGUGCUGGUGACAAUAUAUAUUCCUCCGCCAUACACCUCAACACCUCUGAGACUGGUGCUGGAGUUUAUGGCGGAAUAUUCGGAUAUCCCGUGUUUGAAUAUUGGGGAUUUUAAUAAUGUAGUGAAUACGUCCCUGGAUAAAUGUAGGAUGACGACGGGAGUGGAAACUGGAGUUGAUACCCCCUUUGGUAGACUGUUAAGGGAGGUGGGAUUUAUGGUUGUAUGAAGGGAGAAAAAAAUAUUCCUGCUGUUCAUCCACGUAUAUGUCUCUUUCUAGGAUAGAUUCAGGGUUAAACUCACACAUGUACCCGCUAGUGAACAAGUCUGAAUAUUUAGCUAGAACACUGUCAGAUCAUUCGCCACUAUGUAUUAAAUUGGACAUGUCCGAGAAUGCCAGACCGGCGCCUAGAGUAUGGCGUCUUAACGCAUUUUGGCUGACACUAAUGGGAGAGAUGGAGGAGGUGAAAACUGCACUGACUGAAUAUUUUUACCUAAACCGAAAUUCGGCCUCUAUCCAUUCAGGAUUGAAGGCCUAUAAAUAUUUUUAACUAAAACGAAAUACGGUCUCUAUCAAUUCAGGAUGGGAGGCCGCGAAAGCUUACUAGAGAGGGAUUUGAAUUAAAUCCAUUAGUAGGAUUAAAUUUAAGUCUAGGGAAAUGGACGCCCGAGUACAUGCUGAAAUGCAAAUAGCGGAAGCAGCUUUUACUCAAACUCCAACCGUAGAAAAUGGCGCUAGAAUGCGUGGUGCACAGGAAGCUCUGCAAUGUCAUUUAUUGCAGGUAGCAGAGAGGAAACGUCUCUUUUAUAAACAAGUUCUUUGAAGAGGGGGAGAAAGUGGGGCAUCUAAGGCUCAUCAAGGUGCAUGUAUUACAGGGUUAAAAGACUCGUGGGACAAAUUAGACAGGACACUGGUAGCAUAUUGGGAAUCCUGGGAAAUUUUUAUUCAUCCCUAUAUUUGUCACAAACGUCAUGCUCCAAUUCAGAUAUUGUAGAAUUUUUGCGAGAGACUGAUAUCCUGCGAUUGUCAUCUGAGGCAUGUUCUCUUUUAGAUGCCCCAUUAAAAUUGGAGGAGCUAGAGGAAGCAGUGAGAACAAUGGCUAAUGAUAAGGCUCCAGGGUUAGAUGGAUUACCUGUUGAAAUAUACAAAAAAUGCUCAGAAAUUUUAUUGCCGGAAUUGUUGAAGGUAUUUAACUAUUCCUUGGAAAUGGGCUGUCUACCGGCAUCCAUGCAAGAAGCUCUGAUUGUAGUUUUGCCCAAGUCUGGGAAGGAUCCGAGAUUAACAGAAUCUUACAGACCCAUUUCUUUGCUAUCCACGCAUGUCAAGAUCCUGGCAAAGGCCGUGGCCGCACGUUUGUCUAAAGUGAUACUAUCCAUUAUUAAUCCAGACCAGCCAGAUUUUAUGCCCCAGAAGUCAACUGCUAUUAAUUUUCGCAUGGUCUUCGCUAGUUUACAUUUCUCAUCAGAUAAUAUGGGGGGCAGGGCCAUCUUCUCUUUGGAUGCAGCCAAGGCCUUUGAUGGCGUGGAAUGGCAAUUUCUGUGGUGCACGCUUAAUUACAUGUGGUUUGGGCAAAGAUUUAUCUCAUGGGUAAAAGUUUUAUAUUCUAGUCCGAAGGCAAACGGGGGAGGGGGAUAUCUGAAAGACUUCAACUGCAGCGCGUUACUCGACAGGGAUGUCCACUGCCGCCGUUGUUUUUCGCAUUGGCGAUAGAACCAUUAGCAGCUGCGGUACGUAGAUUCUCUGAGAUUCGGGGUUUUGCUACGGCACACUACAAAAUAAAGUAGCGAUGUAUUCAGGCGACACUGUUGUUUCUGGGUGAUACAUCUAAGUUCUUGCGGUGAUGUCUCUCAUUGGCAGAUUUGGUCAAUUGUCUGGUCUGACAAUUAAUUGGCAUAAAUCGGCACUAAUGCUUAUAGAUGGUCAACCAAAAUCACAAGUGAUAUGUGACAAAAAUAUCCCAUGUGUAGAGGAGUUUAUAUAUUUAGGUAUUAAUAUUUCCCCCAGAAUCAAAGACUUCGAGGAAUUAAAUCUUACCCCACUUUUAGCUAAAUUUCUCAAAAAAUGUAAAGCCUGGUAUAAGUUAUAUCUAUCAGUGGUGGGCAGGACAAACCUUCUCAAAAUGAUAAUAAUGCCACAACAUCUAUAUAUUCUUCAUAAUGCCCCGAUCUGGCUCCCGAUGGACAGGUUUGACAGAAUCAAUUCAAUCUUUAGAGAGUUAAUAUGGCGUAAGGGGCAGG